AUGAGUCGUUCAGCUGGGCAGGGCAAAGACAUACUGGAUCCGGAGCACUUGGAGAUCGUCCAAGAUAAUAUUACACAGCUGCGUCCCACACACUACUGGCCGCAAGAGGAUGCUGAGAGACGGCUCGACAAGAAAGUCGACCUCAAGCUAGACCUGAUUGUCGUGGGUCUCUUAGCUAUCGAAUUCAUCUUUUGUGGCAUCGACAAAACCAACGUCGGCUUCGUUGCCACUACUUCGUUCGCUAAAGACGCCGGCCUGUCUCCUGAUGAUAUCCCGAAAACUUUGUCCCUUUUCUCGGCCACUUACGUCCCCCUUCAACCAUUCAUGGUGGUCUUAGCACGACGCAUUGGAUCCGGCUUCACACAAAUCGGCAUGUAUUAUAUGUCAACCAUGUACCCAAAGUACGACGUGGGACUCAGAGUCGGUAUGUUCACGGGGAUGUACUCGGUGGCAGGAGCUUUCGCCGGCGUCCUUGCGUACGGCCUUCUCAGAAUCGACUCACGUAGUGUCCAUGGCUGGCAAAUUGUCUUCCUCUUUGAAGGCGCCGUCACAGUGUUCCUAGGGCUUUUGACGUUUGUAGUUCUGCCGAAGAACUUGUCCUCUGCAUGGUUCCUUACGGCGGAGGAGCGCGCGCACGCGAUACGACGCAUGGAAAUUGAUCUCGCUGGCGCUCAAGAAGAGGCUGAUGUUGAUAACACUACCGUCGUCAAGCGAGACUUUAUUGAUGUCGCCAAGGAUUGGAAGAAACUUUUAAUUGUGGUUUGUAAUAUCACGACGGUCCUUCCAGUCACGGCUUUCACGACCUUUCUGCCACUGGUUGUCCAAGGAAUGGGAUAUUCGGGUAUCGAGGCAACUCUUAUGAGUGUCCCGCCUUUCGUUGUGGGAACUGUUGGCCUGCUGGUCAUUGUCAAGUCUAGCGAUUACUGCAAGGAGAGGUCUCUGCACACUGUCGGCGGCAUGUGUUUGGGCAUCAUCGGGUGCGUCGUCAUGGCUACCUCUGCGAACACAAGACUCCGGUAUGGCUUUGCCCACGUCUGCAUGGCAGGAGUAUUCGUCGGUGGCCCCCUUCUCGCCGUGUGGUUGGCUGGAAACACUCCCUUGAAAGGGACUAGAAGCGUCAUGAUGGGUGUGAACGGCUGGUCGAACAUUGCUGGCGUCAUUGCAGGGCAGAUCUUUAAAAGCAAAUAUGCUCCCCGGUACGAGGUCCCACUCAUUGUAACCAUGAUCAUUAUGGCUUGCGGUAUCUGCGGGCUUGUGUUUCUGAAGCAUCUAUACAAGAUGGAGAGCAAGAAGAGAGCCGACGAGAUUGCAUGUUGGGAUGAAGCACAGUUUGCUGCUGAAGCUGUGUGCAGAGAAAGGAGGGGCGACCAGAAGCGCACGUUCAUGUAUGGUUCAUAA